AUGUCCGCCCACUUGAGUGAGGGACCGCGACUCAAACGAAGGAGGCUAUCUGAAAGCUCUGAGGCUAUUUCUGAAGCCUCUUCUUCCUCUCACGCUGGAUCAUCCGACGCUUCAGACUCUGACACUGGAAUAGACUCUGGUCGAACCAAACGAUCUGUCCAUCCUUACCAUACCAAAUUUGCUUUGAUUUCUCUACCACCCGACUGUAAUGUCCGCCCACUUGACUCUGAGGCUAUUUCUGAAGCCUCUUCUUCCUCUCACGCUGGAUCAUCCGACGCUUCAGACUCUGACACUGGAAUAGACUCUGGUCGAACCAAACGAUCUGUCCAUCCUGAGCUUUCCGACUCUGAAGACGAUGCCCCAAAAUUACAGUUCAAAUUCGAUACAGCUCCUAACCGAGUGACUAAAACUAACAGAACGCAACUCGCACGACAGCCUCCAGCUCCUAAAGACGUCACAUUCGGCUCACUUGGUGUCAAGCCUUCACUAGUCACAUCUCUGGAGGCCAUGUCGAUCCGGAGACCUACGCCUGUUUCAGAUAGGAUGUCUGCCGCAGGGACUAUCGGGAACGCCAAGACAGGUUCGGGUAAAACUAUGGCAUUUGCUAUUCCGAUAUUACAGAAAUUAUCAGAGGACCCGUACGGUAUCUAUGCACUGGAAUUGGCGUUCCAGAUAUCCGAGCACGGUGAUCGUAGGUGGAAUGGACAUGAUGGAACAAGCGCUCGAGCUGGGAAGGAGACCCAUGUGGUUGUAGCUACCCCCGGUCGAUUGGUGGACCAUAUGGACAGCAACGGGAGUGAAUGGAGCCUGUCAAGACUCAAGUUCCUGGUGCUUGAUGAAGCCGACCGGCUAUUGACCGAUACCUUUGCUGAAGACCUAGCGAAGAUCCUAUCGAAAACUCCAAAGGACAGACAGACCUGCUUGUUUACCGCGACACAUGGACACCGGCAGUCGAGAGCCUUGCCAAUGCCACCCUCAGCCAGGGAAACAGACGCCGUUUGUAUACAGACAGAUAGUGUGGAAACAGUCGGUACUCUCAAGCAGCAUUACCUACUUGUCCCAUCUCACGUCCGAGAGCCAUACCUGUUCUAUGCGCUCUGUAACCCGCCCGAGUCAAUAGCACACAUGCGCGUGGCCGCCCCCGAGCCUCAAGAACCAUCACACAAAUCCAAAAAACCCCCACCCACCAUCAUCUUCGUCUCGAAACCCAAAACAGCAGCAUACCUCGCCAAGUUACUCCAAACGCUCGGCAUACGCGCCACCGCGCUCCAUUCGCGGCUAAAACAGCGCGAACGACUCAACUCGCUCAACCUGUUCCGCUCGAGAGUCGUCCCGGUGUUGAUCAGUACGGACGUGGGCGCGCGUGGGUUGGAUAUCGCAGACGUGGCGUUGGUCGUGAACUGGGAUUUUCCGGGUGCGCCCGAGGAGUAUACGCAUCGUGUUGGGCGGACUGCUCGCGCGGGCCGGAAUGGGAUGGCGAUUAGCUUUGUGACUGAACGUGAUGAAGAGAGAUACACAAGGUCGAAGCGCGGAUUGGUGUCUACCGAAGAAAAGGUAUUAGAAGGACUGAAUGCGGUAUCGACGGCUAAACGGAUCGCCAACAUGACGGCGGAGGUGCACGAGGCUAUCAGCCCUUAUAAUAAUAGAGGAACUAAUGAAGCGGACAACACCAGGAGAACCUCGAAUCGACACCAAGCCCUUACCAAUACUUUGACCUCAUCGCUGGCACUGGUACAGGCGCGCAUGCAUGCUAGGAAGGUUGCGCAUGCCGGUUCAUUCAGCCAUCGAAUCAUACGCGAAACUGACAAAGGUGUUCUCGGAAAGAAAGUGGUUCAGUCGGUCAGGAACGUUAACGUUCAAGACAUCAAAGCUGAAGGAUUCACUUAUGGAGAUACAAGAUAA